AUGCCUCCUACUAAACAGUUGAAGCUGUCGGACACAGCUAAGAUGAAAAAAUCUGAACGUCGCAAAGAAAUCCAAGAUGGCGAUGAGACGCCUAACAUAUCGGAUGGUCAGUCCGACUGUGAGUGGAGCUCUUCCAAGUACCCUGAAGCUCCAGUAACGGAACGCAGCUUACACAGGAUGUUACAAGAGCUCAGGGCAACAAUUACAGCCGAUUUCCACCGAAUUAACGGGGAUUUAAGGAAAGAAAUUUCUAAUAUUGGAGACAGAACCAGCAACUUGGAGAAUAAAACAGAUGAACUCUGUGUAGCCCACAAUGAGGUAGUGGACAAAAUUCAGAAGCUGUCUGAAGAAAACUCUUCACUCAAAUCUAAACUUGCCGACAUGGAAGACAGAUCAAGAAGGCAAAAUGUCCGGUUCCGUGGAAUUCCGGAUGAUAUAUCUCAAGACGCCCUUCCAGCCCAUAUACUCUCAAUCUGUAAGGCCUUAGUCCCGGGCCUACCUGACUCCGCUUGGGCCUACGACCGCAUGCACAGGCUACCGAAACCCGCUCGCAUAUCUGCUGAG